GUAGGAGUUGGAGGCGGGGCUAACGCAGAAAGUCUGCGCGCAUGUUCUUUCUUGCAGCGUCUGAUCCCGGUUCGAGGAGGCUGCAUCUAGUUUUCUUCGCCUUUUCUGCUCGAAAUGGCAUCAGCGGAGGAUGUUGGAUCGAAAAGCCAAAUGUUUUAUGAAAUAGAGUGCGUAAUAGAAGAUUGCGAUACUGAGGUUGGAUACAAACCUCUGUCAGACAGCGACGAGCUCGAAGAAUCCGCGGAGGAGGAUGGACUGCGGGAUGAAGAUAUUGAUUCUUCUGAAGAAUGGGAGCCUCGCAGGCGCUCAAAACUAAAGAAGAACUCAUCCUCCUCGCCUUCCUCGUCUGUACCACGCCGGAAAGGACGGUCAACAAAAAAUGCUUUGAAGCCCUCUCCAUCAGCACCAGCGAUUGCCCACAAGUCAAAAAACACCCCAGCCGUCUCCUUACCUCGACGGAGAGGCAGACCGUCCAAGGACAAAUCAAAAGCCAAACUCUUUCCUAAAGCCACCCCAUGUGCCACGAUCGUGCCUAAACCCCCUCCUUAUGCCACGCUGAUCCCUAAUUCCUCCGUUAAAUUCGGCCCUCAUUCCACAUCCACCAUUACUCUUAGCCCUAAUUUGACUCCUAUAACCCUUGCCAAUGCCUCAUCCUCCAUUAAACUGAGCCCUAAUUCUACACCCAUACUCAUCCCUAAUCCCGCUUCCACUUUUAAACUCGACCCUAAUUCCACACACGCCUCCAAUCAGGCGCCGAUAGCCACACUUAUCUGUACACCCACAACAACAGGGCUUCUGAUAGAUGGUGACACCAAUGAGCUCAAGUCAGUGAAGGAAGAGGAACCAUGGGAAGAGAAUGAGGAUGCUAUUGAAAAAUGGCCUUUUACUAAGGAAGAAAGCCAAGAGGGUUCAGAAUCAUCAAAUGCAAAGAGGCAACGACUCUCAUCCCCGAUACCCUUGAAGCACACCUCAAAAACUACCCAUAGUCCCCUGCCUGAACUUGCACCCAUAGACACUUCUUAUCAUGUACCCACCUCUGAACCCACAACCACUGAUGAACCAUUGAUUUCAUUAUCCAUCACUCAACCCAUAUCUGCUUCCAACCCUAAUCCUGCACCCACCAGGCCUCGAGACAGCGACUUUGAUGACGACAGCGAAGAGAUCAGUGAUUCAGGGAGGGAAGAGGAACUGUGGGAAGAAAAUCUUGAUUCUGGUGAUGACUGGAACCCUCUUCUGGAAAGUCCGGAUCGUUCAAAAUCACCUGCAUUGGCACAGUCGCCAAAAACAACAUCAGGACCAAUAGACAAACUCUUUCUAUCUACGUCUGAACCUGCUUCUGAAGCCACUCCCACACCCACAUCUGAAGCCACACCCACUUUUGAAGCCAUUCCCGCAACCAACCACAAUUCCACUCCCACACCUAACUCUUAUCCAGCACCCAUUUUACCACGGCGAAGAGGCCGGCCACGAAAGCAUGCUUUAAAACUCAACCUCACACCAACCCCUGAUUCCACUCCUAUAACCUUAUCUGAUCCCUACGCUGAUCUCAUCCCUGUGACAAGUUUAGAUCCCGCUCCCAAGCCCGUUAUGUCCACCAAUUCCAAUCCCAAUCCCGAAACUAUUUCCACUUCUGAACCCACUUCAACUGAUGAGAAAUCAAAGCCCGUAGCAACUACUUAUUCUCCAGGGCACGCCAGAAACAGGUUGUCUUCAGCCUUGGAUUCACCUUGGAUGAAAAAUAAGAGUAAGCCAGAUAAGUGGCUUGACAUCAGCAAUGAGGAUGAGGAACCGAUACUACCAAAUUUUUCUCCCAAGAGACCUCCAGGUCCGCAGCUCAUGGCGGACACAACAUAUACGCCCUUGCAGUUGUUCCAGCUCUUUUUCACCAACUCUGCAAUCAAGACAAUCGUCAGAAACACUAACAUCAAUGCCGAAAGGAGGUUGAAAGCGGGAAAGAAGUUUGUCUGGGUACCUCUAACCGUACCCGAGUUCUACUCAUAUGUGGCUUUAGUUGUCUACAUGGGGCUGGUGAAGGCAGAAUCAAUAGUGGACUACUGGGCGAGGAAUCGAAUGUACAAUUUUUUAUACCCGCAGUCCAUCAUGUCCCAAGCAAGAUUUCAGGCCAUCUCCUGGAAUCUUUACCUCUGUGAUCUUCAGGAGGACGAGGAGAACAACAAGAAGAAAGGCACCGCAGGUUAUGACCGACUGCUUAAAAUCAAGCCUCUGUACAAGGACGUUCUUUCGGCGUGUAGGAAACACUUUCACCCCGACAGAGAGAUUCUGGUAGAUGAGAGAAUGGUCGCUACCAAAGCUAGGAGUGGACUUAAGCGAUAUAUGAAUGACAAACGAACUAAAUGGAGCUACAAACUCUUCGUUCUUGUCGAUUCGUCCUGUGGGUACACCUGGAAUUUCUUCGUAUAUGAAGGAAAGACUUCGACAUCAUCGGGUAAAGGUGCCGGGUAUGAUUCGGUUAUGAGACUACUGGAUCACAAGGUCCUCGGCAAGGGUUAUAGGUUAUACAUGGACAAUUUCUACACCAGCCCGACUCUUUUCUUGGAUUUGUUGCAGAACGGCAUCCUCGCUUGUGGCACAUUGCGCCAUAGUUCCAGUUUACCGAAGGUCAACGACCUGAGCAGAAGAUCUGAAUUAGGCUCCAUCCGUUGGUGUCGGCAAGGUCCUCUUCUAUUCAUCAAAUGGAUGGAUGCGAGAGAAGUCCUCAUGUGUUCCUCCAUUCACAAGGCGUUCACGGGGGAUACAGUCACCAGGAAAGCCAAGGGUCCCGAUGGGGUUUGGAGAAAACGUCUAAUUCCUGUUCCAUCCGCUGUGAAGGACUACAGCAAAUACACGGGAGGUGUUGAUCUCUCGGAUUCCCUCACAGAUUAUUAUGAUGUCCUCCACAAAUCCACAAAAUGGUACGAGACCUUCUUCUUCCAUUUUCUUGACAUCGCAGUGGUCAACAGUUUCAUCCUUCACCAAAAAUUGGCAAAAGCUCAGAACAAGGUCCCACUCAUCCAAAAACUGUUUAGGGAAAUCCUUGUUUCAGAACUUGCACGUGUCGGCAGAGGUAAGAAUCCCCUUUUGUCUGCUGCCAAAGAUCCCUCAACAUCCAACACGCCGGUCUCCAUAAGGAGGUCUGCACGGUUGUCUUCAGCCCCUAAAGAAACGAAUGCGUACUCGGCGUCCGACACAGAGUCGUCUCCCCCACCCUCACCUGCCCAGAUGGAGCGAUGCUAUCCAGAGUAUUUUGGUUCUGAUGCUACGUAUGGGAGGCAAGUUUGUGUCAUGUGCAAACUGCAAGGAUAUAAAUUCAAGACUCCCAUAUACUGCUCCCACUGCAAGGUUGCAUUAUGCUUCCGGUCAUCACGCAACUGCUUCAAGAAAUGGCACAUAGAUCAUUACCCUGAAGAUUUGUAGAUGUGUUGCAUGUUGGGAUUUUUUGGGAUCUUGCAUGACCAUUUUUCAUUUUGUAUGAACUUGUUACUUGUAUAGUUAUGACUCUAUUAAAAACAACUACAAA